GCUUGUAACUAUAGUAGUGUUAACUCCUUUGGUUCUUCUCCAGCUAUGGAUGGAGAACCCAAUCGGGGAGCUGAUGCAGUAGAGGACAGAUGGAGAAAGGGCCCUUGGACUCCCCAAGAGGACAAGCUUCUCGCUGAGCAUGUCAACCUCCAUGGCGGAGGAAGAUGGAAUUCCGUCUCUAAGUUAACAGGAUUGAGGAGGAGCGGAAAGAGUUGCAGACUUCGGUGGGUGAACUACCUGAGGCCUGACUUGAAGAGAGGGAAGAUAACUCCCGAGGAAGAGAGCAUCAUCCUCGAGCUGCAUGCCUCGUGGGGAAACAGAUGGUCCGCCAUAGCUCGAAGCCUCCCGGGGAGGACCGACAACGAUAUCAAGAACUACUGGCGAACCCACUUCAAGAAGAGCACGUCGCCCUCAAAGAACAACGUCGAGAAGAAGCCGAAAGCGCAGUUGCUGACGCAGCAGCAGGAUGAAGAGAUGAGAAUGACCAUGACCAUGAACGAAGUAGAGCGAGUUGCAGUAGCACACGACAUGCAGCAGGAGAUGGCGUACGUGUAUCCCUUUACUGGUAUGCUUCAAGGUGGCAGUCCCGAUGGCUCCAUCAGCGAUGGAUCGAGCGAAGAAGAAGUCUCAUGGGGUGGAUUGUGGCACCUCGAUAUAUGACGUGCAUGCCGGCAAUCAUCAAGUGCAAGAUAUUGAUGUCCUUACGUCCUCCUGAGAUGAAUGUAAAGUGAGUGAACUUGGACAGGCUUAGCAUGUCAUGUUGGUGAAGGAAGAAACCCAUUUAGAUGAGCAUA